AUGACAGACAACAGUUCGAGUUCUUAUGUAAAUAUAAAACCCACACUUAUUCAAUCUGAUAAUCAAAAUGUUAAAUCAAGCGUUAGCGAUGAAAAUUCUACUACCGAUGCUGAAAUUUCAAUUUCAAAUCAUGAGAGUAAUAUGAAUAUAAUUGAAAAUGGUAGUAGUACUGUUAUAUCUGAUCUUGCAGCAAAAGUUCCGAUCAUAAAACAAGAAAGAAAGAGUUUUCAAUUUCGAGCUUUGACUCGAAAAACACUUUCUUACCAAAAACGACAAAUGUUUACCAAUGUCUGUUGCAUAACUUUAUGUCCUUUCCUGAUGGUUGCUAUUGCUGGUAUAAUGGGAAUAGUAGUCCAAACUUUGAUCAGACAAACAAAUACUCUUGAAGAGUUUGUAUUUUGUUCUAGUGCCAAUGCUGAAUCUUUUAUCGGUAUACCAUUAUCGAAUGAUUCACCCGAUAUUCCAACACUCCCGUCCGAUCAAGUACCAAAUUCAUCAGGCAAAACAAAAUUGGUAAAGUUGGUUAACUAUUUCUUACCACCAGCCGAUCCUUCGACAUUUUCCUUGCCGGGUGGCCCUCAGAGUUGUGUGUUCGUGUUUGGUCACGAUUAUCCGGCUGCUUUGCCUUACCAACCUCCUGUUGCUAAAAGCAUCGACAAUUCUACUAGACAUGAUACAACUUUCAAACCGGAUCCACCCAAUUAUCCUUGGCUAAAUAGUUUCUCACUCAGCUAUUCCCCUUUAUUAUCUUUCUUAAGUCAAAUACAAACUUAUCCAUGGUUUAACGUUCGUGAAGCACCAGGUUUAAAUGUUGGUCUAAAACCUCUUCAUGAUCCACUCUCUUCUAUCACUAACUUUAAUAAUUCAAAUGUAACUUAUCCCGGCGAUUUUGGAAUUUUAGGCAACAUUAACACAAAUUAUUAUGUUAAUAUUACCAUAAGUAAUUCAACCUUAUCAGCUCAAGUUCAAAACUUUUUACCGGUUCCAUUUUUUCAAAAACCACUUGACAGCAACUCGUAUCCUGAUAUUGAUCAAUUAGAUAAAGCAUAUGAUGAUAUAUUAAGUGAUAGUAUUCAUAAUGUGAUCAACGAAUUGGCUAAAAUACCUAAAAUUCCACCAAAUCAAAGGAACAAUGAUCCGACAAGUUCUAUUCAAUUAAAUUAUAAUAUAAAAAUUGCAGGAAUAAUAACAAAAAUGCCUUGGGGAAAUAUAUUAUUUGAUUCAGCAAAUAAUUUUUCUAAACAAUGGAAUUAUACUUUACAAACUGGUACGGAUAUUAGAAUUUCUGCUGCUGCAUCUUUUCCAUCUCAAGGUUUAAGGAGAGUGGCUCAACAAAGUGAUUUAAGUAAUGGUAUAAUAAGAACUGUUAAUGGAACUAAUGGUGGUGGUCCUACUACUAUUGGUAUUACUCCAAUGUAUCGAGUAUUGCCACAAGUAUCUUCUACUGAAAUCAAGGUUCCAAUUGGAACUUUAAUUGGCGGAAUUUUAUAUCCAUUUGGUGUUUCAUUCCUUUUACCAAUUUUCGUAAUUACUUUAGUAAAAGAAAAAGAGGAUAGAAUAUUAGUUAUGAUGAAAAUGAAUGGAUUAAAAAGUUUUAUUUAUUACCUUACUCAUUAUAUACAUUUCUAUUCAGUACAUAUUAUUACGACAUUAGUAUUUGUUAUCACUGGAUUAAUUUUUAAAAUGGAAAUAUUUACAAAAACUGAUCCAGGUGUUUAUAUUAUUUUAUUUUUUGUUUGGGGUCAUGUUGAAAUUGCUUUAGCAUUUUUCUUUUCUUGUUUUUUUUCAAAAUCAAGAAUUGCUUUAGUUGUUACUUUUUUAAUUGUUUUAUGUGGAAUUAUUGUUAGUUUUGCAGCUGGUUCUUUAUAUACUGGUCUUGAUUCUGCUCCUUUAGCAUAUUUUUUAUGGCCUCCAUUUGCUUUUUAUAGAUGUUUGGGAAUUAUUAAUACUUCUAGUGUUAAUUUAAUUACUCCUCCAUAUAAAUUAAGUGCUUUGGUUGCAGGGAAUGAAGUUUUUAAUGCAAUAAUGUUUAUGGUGGUAGAAUAUUUCUUUAUAUUUAUUUUAACGAUUUAUUUGGCUAACGUUUUACCUAGCGAGUAUGGUAUUGCUAAGCCUUGGUAUUUCAUAUUUACUGAACCAUAUAAUAUGAUAAGAAAUCGUGGUAAAAAAGAUAUAAAGAAAGAAGAAAAUAAGGAUAUUGUUGAACUUGAAAAAGGAAAAGCAGAAAUUGAUUCAAAUGAAAUACAAUUUGAAGAUGAUGAUGUUAAAGAGGAAAGAAAGAGAGUUCUUGAAAAUAAUUAUGAUCCAGAUUCUCCAUUAGUUAUGAAACGUAUGAGAAAAAUUUAUCCAAAUGGAAAAUUAGCAGUUAAAGAAGUUACUUUUGCUGUUGAUAGGAAUAUAAUCUUUGGACUUUUGGGACCCAAUGGAGCAGGAAAAACAACGUUAAUUAGUAUUUUAACCGGAUUAUAUCCACCGACUUCGGGUUCCACAAUAAUAAAUAACUAUGAUAUUUACACCAAUAUGCGAGAAGUUUAUAUGUCCAUAGGUGUAUGUCCUCAACAUGAUAUUUUAUGGGACGAUUUAACAGUUGGUGAACAUUUAUUAUUUUAUGCUCGUCUAAAAGGUAUUCCUGUCAAUCAAGAACAAACUGCUAUAUUACAAGCUCUUCAACAAGUUCGGCUCGAAGAAUUCAAGAAUCGUCUUUCCAAGGGUCUUUCUGGUGGUGAAAAACGUCGUCUCUCAAUUGCUAUUUCUUUAAUAGGUAACCCUGCAGUAGUAUUUCUUGAUGAACCAACCACAGGAUUGGAUCCAGAAGUUAGAAGAUUGAUUUGGAACAUUAUUAAUGAUGCAAAAAAAGGUAGAACUAUUAUAUUAACCACACAUAGUAUGGAGGAAGCAGAAGUUUUAUGUAAUAGAAUUGGAAUUAUGGCAAAAGGAACUUUAAGAUGUUUAGGACCACAAUUAAGAUUGAAAGAGGUUUACGGAAGAGGAUUCAAGUUGAGUUUCUCAUGUAAAGCUAAAAAUGUUGAUGCUGCUACACAGUUUAUUGAAUCAUUAUUACCUGCAAAUUCCAAAAAAUUAGAUUCAUUUGUUACAAAUGUAUCAUAUGAGUUUGAAAUUGAAAAUGGUUUAAUUACUAAAUUAUUUAGAGAAAUUGAAGCUCAUAAAAAUGAAUAUGGAAUAGAUGAUUGGGGAUUAAGUCAAACUACUUUGGAAGAAGUCUUUUUAAGGAUUAUUGGUGAAGCAGAUGCUGAAGCCUGA